AUCGAUGCUGCGAAACUGCGAUAGUAUCGAAUAAACAUGAGUGUGUGCAUAAGUGUGGGAAUUUAUUAAACAAAAACGAAACGCGGACAAACUAUAUUUAUGUAAUAAACGCCAAGCCGCCAACGAGUAAUGAACAGUCCAUGGUCAGGUCGUACUAUACAGACGAACGCACCUCGCAAUCGACUGCAAUCAAAGUGCAAUAGCUCAAUCAAUUGAUUCGUUUUGCUCAACCAAAAACAAAAUCUAUUCCCAAAUCGGUGCGAUAGUUGCCAAAAUAUAAAAUCAACUAUACAAAAAAACAACAUACGCACACACUGGCGUGCAAGACAACAAACGAUAAGAAGAAGAGCAGACGCCAGCUAUAAAAAAGCCCCCAAAAGAAUUGGAAAUAAGACCAUACCCCUCCAUUUCCCCUGAAAAGGGGCCUCAAAACUAAGUGACUAAGUGAAUCCAAGUAAAAAACCGGGAAAAGUUUGAGGAAAACACUUUUCUAAUAAAAUAUCUAAAAGCCUUGUUAUCGAUUUUGUUCCGGGUUUUUUUUUUGUGUGUGUGUUGUGUGAAGCGCGCCCGCAGGUGUGUGGGUGUGUGCUCUCGGCGCGUUAUCAAAAACAACAACAAUUCGUUGCAAAAAAAAAAAAUAAAGUAGAGGAGGCGGAAGAAGAAGAGGAAUCUGUUGCAAGUCGCGCCAUCUCGCUCGCACCGCGGUCAAUCGCGGAUCGUGGUCGACUUAUCGAAUUAAUCGACCCGAACAAAUAAACCACCGUACAAGGAGUUGCAUUAUUUCAAAUGAUUUCGCUGCUGCAAAUGAAAUUCCGUGCGCUUUUGUUGUUGCUAUCAAAAGUAUGGACAUGCAUUUGUUUCAUGUUCAAUCGCCAAGUGCGAGCUUAUCAACCGGUUAAAUACGAACUCUUCCCGCUGUCACCCGUCUCGCGGCACCGCCUGAGCCUGGUGCAGCGCAAGACCCUCGUUCUGGACCUGGACGAAACGCUGAUCCACUCCCAUCACAAUGCGAUGCCCCGGAAUACGGUGAAGCCGGGCACGCCGCACGAUUUCACCGUCAAAGUGACCAUCGAUCGGAAUCCAGUGCGCUUUUUCGUGCACAAGCGACCGCAUGUGGACUACUUUCUGGACGUGGUCUCGCAGUGGUACGAUCUGGUGGUCUUUACGGCCAGCAUGGAGAUUUACGGAGCGGCGGUGGCAGACAAGCUGGACAACGGACGGAAUAUCCUCCGGAGGCGAUACUACAGACAACACUGCACGCCCGACUACGGAUCUUACACCAAAGACCUGUCGGCCAUCUGCAGUGACCUAAAUAGGAUAUUCAUCAUCGACAAUUCGCCCGGCGCCUAUCGCUGUUUUCCCAACAACGCCAUACCCAUCAAGAGUUGGUUCUCAGACCCGAUGGACACGGCGCUGCUGUCGCUGCUGCCCAUGCUGGAUGCGCUGAGGUUCACGAACGACGUGAGAUCGGUGCUGUCGAGGAACUUGCACCUGCACCGUCUCUGGUAGCAGGUGGGCCGCCUGUCGCUAGUUUAGUCUAUCUAUUUAGAAGGAGCACUGUGGGCCAGCGAAGUGGGGAGGAUAUCUUCUGAAAUUAACAACAAACAAGGUGGUGCUGUGACACAUUAACGAAUUUGUUCAUUAUUAUUUACAAUUUGUACCAUUCAGUCAAAUGAGUCAAAUGAAUGAUGGGAGAUUUGAAAACGAUGGUUUUUUGUCCUUUUGUGUAUAGACUAACAGUUUUGUAACAAUCUAAUUAUGCAUGCAUAUUUGUCCAUAUAUGUAGAGACCAGCUAUUUUUAUUAGACAUAUUUUUUCGCUUGUUUUUUUGCGUGUAUAUUUUGAUAUAAUAUCAAAUAGAAACUCUUGAACACAGACAGUAUAUAGUAUAAAGUAUAUAUAUACAGUAUACAGUAUAUGUAUGAAAGUAAAGCUGAGCAAAGGGCGAAGCCACAACAUAAAGAACAAAUUUGUCAAGUUAUAUAUCAUAUUAUCAUAAAUUAAAUCUAAGGCCGCUUACGACAAGAGUCUUGUAAUUUCGAUACCAUGAUAACAUUUUACUAUUAUGACACUGAUGUUGUUUUUGUGCAGAUACGAACUAACAAGACGAAGCAAAAUACUUAUAUUUAUACAAAUUAGUUGAUUACGCAACUUAACUGGGACAUCAUUAUUAUGGAUAAUUAUUAAACCGAUCUAACCGAUUCUGUAUAGACUUACGUA